AUGGCGUCAGUUUCGAUACGAGUUCGAAACGAAGACGGAGACGAUUUUGUCGUUUCGCCAACGGAUGUUGUUAAUAAUAUCAAUGAGAUUGAAUCUCGACGAAACAGUCGUCGAGACUCGACUCCAGCUUCAUCGAUCAGAAGAAGUCGUCCAUCUUCCGCGUUUUUUAAUGAAAAUGGGGAACCGAUUGAAGGAAUUACGAGGGCCAGGAAAUCAAAAAGUGUCCGAGAUGCGGAGCCCGGAUUACGGUCGAUGUUGUAUGGAUUGUCACAGAAACAAGAGAAAGAAGAAGCCGAAGCGAAAAAAUUGGCAAAAAAGAUGAUCAGUAAGUCAAGCCUCGUUUCUUAUUUGUAG